AUGAGACAAAAAACAUCUGCAAAGUCCGCAAAGCGUAAAAAAAAACCCCGCACUACUGCGAAACUCCACAAAAAGAAAGCACCGCUUAAAGCAUACCAAAACGGAACAUUCCCAGGCUUUGCAAAGCCUAUACCAAGCGAGGCAGAGCUUAUACCAAGCGACCCCUGCACCACUGCGGAGGACCUUAGUACUUACCUGAAAAAGUAUAAAGGGAAAACAGGUGUUAAAGUACACCCAAACCCAGUUUCUUUUUCUAGCGCAAAGGAUAAGGCCAACUGGCGAGGAGCCUUGCGAGAUAUCGAUAACCGCGACACAUUUCAAGAUUGGUGGGCUGGGCGAGAAAGGGAAGUGGACAAACCCUUUUUGGCCCUGUUCAGCGUACCUCCAGAAUGGCGGAGCCUAGGGAGGCCCCGCAAGCAGCAGUACAUCGUCAUUGUUUGGGAUUGCGAUCCAAGGUCGUACCGUAACCCCGACAUCAAAGCUGAACGACAACUGCAAGAUAACGACAGAUGGAAGCCAAUUCUUCAACGCGGGUUUUUCGACACCAUCCGCCGCGACUUUGCGUUUACAGCGCGGUUUUACUACAGCAUCGACGCGUCUCAAAGUGGUCAAAACCGAUGCCUCCCUAUUUCAAUGGAAAGGAUUCUCUGGUUGGCCUUACUGAAAACUCAGAAUUUCCAGGGAGAUAGCGACCCAAGGUUGAAGGAUUGCGUUCUCUUAAGACCGUAACUUUCGUUUAGUUUUCUUUUCUACAAGUAUUUAUAUUUCUAAUUACUAAAAAUUGUAUUGGCUUCGGAACAUUUAUUUUAAAGCUAAUUAUUAAAGCUUUUGGCUAAAGGAGUGUUACUUUAUAAAGGAGUGUUACUUAAGCUUAUAAAUUUCAUGUUAGUAAUAUAAAUAAAAAUUGCG